GCCUGCCUUGCUCCCGCCUCCCAGGAUGACAUCACUGAGCGGCGGCCAUAUCUGAAGAGGAAGAAGAUAUAUUCGAUAUUCACAAUUCUAUAUUCUAUAUUCACAAUUCGAUAUUCUGACUGCUGUUCUGGGUUUGGACUCUUGCCGGGGGGGUUGACUGUGAUUUUGGUUGUUCCUGUAUCUGGUUGUGUAUACGCUUCACCCGUGUAUACACGUUCGCUUGGUUCACUGGCAGUAGGGGUGUGGCUGCCAUUUCUUUUGGGAGAGGGUCCUUUUGUCUCUGUUUUUGGCUUAGGGAGUUGGGGAAGUAUUUGUAUUUUAUUUGUUAUUUUCUUUUUAGGUAAGCUAGCUACCUAACAAUAGAAUCUAACCUUUUGUUUAUUAUUUUGGCCUUGCCCACCCUGAAGUCAUGCCUGGUUUGGUUCUUUGUAGAGUUGUAUGUAUAUAAUUCUGUGUUUUACAAUACACCACAAUUUUGUUUUGAACAACCUUGUUGUGUUGUUAUUCCUGGCUCCCUCAUUUUUAAAGGUCAAAUUCCAUUGAAUCCCGAGCUGGUUACUCUGUGCGGCCUAACUUAGACUGGGCCGUAACAAAAGGGACUUACAAAUGAGGAAAUACAAGCAAAGCGAUAUAUCAAGCGAUUAACAAUACAAACAAUGCAAGUAGUGCUACCAUGCAAGAUUUAUAAUUGAGUUCUAGAAGGAGCAAAGUGUGCAGAGUAGAGGUGUAAGAGCCAGCAUAUAUAUUUUGAAAUAAUGCCUUUUGCGUACUUACUGGACUACACCAUAUCAGAGCCAUUUCAGAUAUCUGAGUGUGUAACAUACAUGACACAUUGAUUUUCAACUAGUUUUCAAACUCAGUCUAGUGCACCCAAACAUUUGACUGGUAACAUAGAACUAAGUCAUUUGCCAUAACACAACAUGCAGGACUAUGUCAGAAUAGAACACAGAACACACAGGACUAUGUCAGAAUAGAACACACGACACGCAGGACUAUGUCAGAAUAGAACACAGAACACGCAGGACUGUCAGAAUAGAAAAGGAGUACUGAAGCAGUGGAAGUGCGGGACACCACACACAACGACACAUUUGCGUUUCUCCCCCUGGAGCUCAUGGAUUAGCGUCCACUACUCUCCUGCAAUGGAUAGAGUUUUAACUUGUCUCCUGGCUGUACUCAGUUUACUGUUUUCAGUUCAAGGACAAGUAUUCAGAGGAGACUGUAACUUCGAAAGGCCCUACUCAGAGUGUGGCUACAGCCAAGGCAAAGAUGAUGACUUUGACUGGAUACAGGUCAACACGAAGCUGAGGCCAUCAACAGACCCCUGGAUACCAGCAGGCUCGGCCUUUAUGAUGGUCAAUACUUCUGGAAGGUUCCCUGGACAGAGAGCUCAACUAGUUGUCCCUCAGCUGAAGGAGAACGAUACACACUGCCUUAUUUUCCAGUAUUAUGGAGCCAGUGGUGAGGGCUUGAGUCCUGGCCAGCUCUACAUCUAUGUCAAAGAGAAUAACAGUCCAGUGGGCUUCCCGGUGUGGAAGUCACCCGGACCUGCCUUUCAUACGUGGAGGCAAGUUGAACUGGCAGUCAGCACCUUCUGGCCCAACUUUUACCAGCUCAUCUUUGAAGUUGUGACCACAGGACAGCUGGGGUUGCUGGCUAUUAAGGACAUUUCUCUCCAGGGACAUCAGUGCAUGAGCACACCACAUUUCCAGUAUAUUAAUGGUGUAAAGGUUAAUGUCAGGCAAACAGCUACUCUCCACUGCACCAUCAAUGGGCAGCCCAAGGACCACGUGAACUACAAACUGUGGUUACAGGGUAUCACAGGGCGAGAGGCUCAGAUGAAGGACAUGGAGCCAGUGAGCACCAGGCGCUACAUGGCAGCAUUUGACGUGGUGAACACCACCAAGGGGGAUUCAGGUCGUUACCGCUGCAUCAUCCAAUCAGACAAGGGAGUGGGCGUGACCAACUACGCUGAGCUAAUAGUGAAGCAACCACCAAUCCCAAUUGCACCACCUCAGCUGACUGCAGUGGGUGCCACCUAUCUGUGGAUCCAGCUCAAUGCUAACUCAAUCAAUGGUGAUGGCCCUAUCAUCAAGAAAGAGGUGGCGUUGCGCACCAUGUCAGGAAUCCUGAUUGACAACCAGCUCGUGGACAAGCCAAACCACAAGAUUGGCCACCUUGACCCAGACACUGAGUAUGAGAUCAGUGUUCUUCUAACAAGACCCAAAAAGGGCGGCACUGGAGCUCCAGGUCCACCACUGUGUGCCAGGACCAAGUGUGCUGACCCCAUGCAUGGCCCUCGGCGGCUGGAGGUGGUGGAUAUCAAAUCCAGGCAGAUCACUGUACGCUGGGAGCCUUUCGGCUACAACGUGACCCGGUGCCACACCUACAACCUGACAGUGGAGUACCGCUACAAAGUGAACGGCAAGGAGGAGAUACAAGAGGAAGUGUGCUACGAGUUGCAGAGCCCGACACCACAACACACCAUCCGCAACCUGUCGCCCUACACCAACGUCAGUGUUAAGCUGGUGCUACGAACCCGAGAAGGCGAAAAGGAGAGCCAGGAGCUGGAUGUUCUCACAGAUGAGGAUGUACCAGGUGCCGUGCCCCCUGAGUCCAUUCAGGGAAGUACAUAUGAAGAGAAGAUCGCCCUCAAAUGGCGAGAGCCCAUAAAGACUUACGGAAUCAUAAAGCAGUAUGAAAUAUUUUACAAGGCCAUGUUCUCCUUUGACCCAGAGUUCAAUGUGGCCAAUCAGAGUGGGAAGGUGUUAAAGCCCAGUAAUGAAACUUCUCAUGUGUUUACAGGGCUGUCCCCAGGCUGUACCUACUCAUUUACCAUCAGAGCCAGCACUGUCAAAGGCUAUGGUUCUCCGGCCUCAAAGGAGUUCACCACUAAAAUCUCGUCUCCACACAUGCCUGGCUAUGAUCAGGAGACACCACUCAACCAGACGGACAGCACUGUAACGGUCCUGCUGAAGCCUGCACAGAGCAGAGGAGCACCAGUCAGUGCGUACCAGGUAGUGGUAGAGGAAGAGCGGCCACGCCGAGCGCAGCGCACUGCUGAGAUUCUGCGCUGCUACCCCAUCCCCAUCCACUUCCAGAAUGCCACUGUGCUCAGCUCACCAUAUUACUUCACCGCUGAGUUCCCAGCUUCCCGCAUACACAGCUCUCUGGCUUUCACCAUCGGAGACAACAAGACCUAUGAAGGCUACUGGAACGUCCCACUGCUGCCCCAUAAGAGCUAUAGCAUCUACUACCAGGCUAUUAGCAAGACCAACUGGGAGACAAAAAUCGAUUGCGUUCGUGUGGCCACUAAAACCGCCAUUGUUGUGACCCAGUUCCCCACACUCGGAAAACCAUCAGAUCACACAGUGAAGAUUGCCGGAGUCAUCGCUGGCAUCCUCCUCUUUGUCAUCAUCUUCCUUGGUGUAGUGCUGGUCAUGAAAAAAAGGAAACUUGCAAAGAAGUGUAAGGAGACCCUGAGCAGCAGCACAAGGAAGGAGAUGACCGUGAUGGUGAACUCCAUGGAUAAAAGCUUCACAGAGCAGGGCAUCAACUGUGAUGAGGCCAUCUCCUUCAUUCACACCCCCAAUCUCAAUGGAAGAACUGUUUCCUCACUGUCAUCAUUUACCAUGAAGACUAACACGCUCAGCACUUCAGUGCCCAACACCUACUACCCAGAUGAGAACCACACUAUGACUAGCGAGACGAGCAACCUGGUUCAGUCCCACACUCAUUCCUUUAAGAAAAGGGAGGCGGUGGAUGUGCCCUACCAGACAGGGCAGCUCCAUGCGGCCAUCCGCGUGACAGAUCUGCUUCAGCACAUCACCCAGAUGAAAUGUGCUGAAGGCUACGGCUUCAAGAAGGAGUACGAGAGUUUCUUCAAAGGGCAGGCUGCACCCUGGGACUCUGCAAAGAAAGACGAGAACAGGAUGAAGAACCGGUACGGAAACAUCAUUGCAUAUGACCACUCCCGUGUCCAACUUCAGGCUAUAGAGUGGGAGCAGAGGUCAGAUUAUAUUAAUGCAAAAUACAUUUCUGGAUACCAUCGACCAAAUCACUACAUAGCUACACAAGGACCCAUGCAAGAAACAGUCUAUGACUUCUGGAGAAUGGUGUGGCAAGAGAACACGGCAACCAUCAUCAUGAUGACUAACCUGGUGGAAGUUGGCAGGGUUAAGUGUUGCAAGUACUGGCCAGAUGACACAGAGAUCUAUCAGGACAUGAAGGUGACACUGAUUGAGACACAGCUGCUCUCAGAAUAUGUCAUUCGAACCUUCGUUGUGGAAAAGCAAGGAGCUCAUGAGAUCAGGGAGAUCAGGCAGUUCCAUUUCACUGGCUGGCCGGACCACGGAGUACCGUACCAUGCUACAGGCCUGCUGGGCUUCAUCCGCAGAGUCAAAUCCAAGAGCCCAGCUUAUGCCGGCCCAAUGGUGGUCCACUGCAGCGCUGGGGUUGGCUGUACGGGCUGCUUUAUUGUCAUUGACAUCAUGUUGGACAUGGCUGAGCGUGAGGGUUUGGUGGACAUCUAUAACUGCGUGCGAGAGCUCCGCUCACGCUGGGUCAACAUGGUCCAGGACGAGGAGCAGUAUGUGUUCAUCCAUGACACCAUCUUGGAGGCGUGUUUGUGCGGUGACACCACCGUUCCAGCCAAUCAGCUGCGUUCAGUGUAUUAUGACAUGAACCAUCUAGAUCCUCAGACCAACUCCUGCCAAAUUAAAAAGGAGUUCAGGACUCUGAACAUGGUCACACCGACACUGCGCGUAGAGGACUGCAGCAUUGCUCUGCUGCCAAGGAACCAUGAGAAGAACCGGUGCAUGGAUGUGCUACCACCUGACCGCUGUCUGCCCUUCCUUAUUACUAUUGAUGGCGAGAGCAGCAACUACAUCAACGCUGCCCUCAUGGAUAGCUACAAGCAACCAUCUGCUUUCAUCGUUACCCAGCAUCCUUUGCCCAACACUGUAAAAGACUUCUGGAAGCUGGUCCUGGACUACCACUGCACAUCUAUAGUAAUGCUGAAUGAUGUGGAUCCUGCUCAGCUGUGUCCACAGUACUGGCCUGAGAAUGGUGUACACAGGCAUGGACCUAUCCAGGUGGAGUUUAUAUCUGCUGAUCUAGAGGAGGAUAUUAUUAGCAGGAUAUUCCGCAUCUAUAAUGCUGCACAGCCACAGGACGGGUACCGCAUGGUCCAGCAGUUUCAGUUCCUGGGCUGGCCCGUGUACCGAGACACACCUGUGUCCAAGCGCUCAUUCCUCAAACUAAUCCGGCAGGUGGACAAGUGGCAGGAGGAGUACGACGGAGGAGAGGGAUGCACUGUGGUGCACUGCCUGAAUGGAGGUGGACGAAGUGGGACUUUCUGUGCAAUCAGUAUUGUGUGUGAGAUGCUACGGCACCAGCACUCAGUGGACGUGUUUCACGCUGUCAAAACGCUGAGGAACAACAAGCCCAACAUGGUAGAUCUCUUGGAUCAGUAUAAAUUCUGCUAUGAAGUGGCACUGGAGUACUUGAAUUCAGGCUAAGUUGUCUAGACGUGGCUGUCCCCCUUCCCGUCCCUUGCUGUUCCCCGGUCUUUCAGUGUGAGUUGGACAGGUCACACACUCCCCGCACUCACGUGACACAUCUUCUAUUCUACAAGCACACCGAUGUACUUUACUCCCAAGUUGUCCACGUUUCACCACUGCUUAAUAUGUUUUGGCAGGUUUUUUUUAAAAUGUUUUUUUUGUCCCUCUUCUUGCCUGUGACACCUCUGACUUGCCUUUUUAUCCUCGGUGGAUGAUAGCUAUCAUUUCCAUUUUUGUGGGGAAUGCGCUAUAUGCUACAGUGGCUGUGUUUAUUUUUAAUUGCAGAUUUUUUUUAAUUUGAUUUUUUUUGUUGUGAAUUAAAUUUGAGGCAGAAUGACGUGUAGCUGAAGUUCAAAAUGGCAUUAAGAGCACAGAUCCUAAAGGUUGCAUUGACAUUAUUGUGAUUGCUUGUGAAAUGUUGUUGUGUUAAUUGUUGAAGCAAACCACAAGCAAGCUUAAUGUCAUGUCCAAAGAUCCAAAGCUUAUAUUUGUGACCAUUUGUUAAUACUGUAAAUACUUGAAGGUUGACAGAUUAUUUAUUCAUUGAAGGGUUUUUUUUUUUUGUUUGUUUGUUUGUUUUUUUGUUUGUUUUUAUUUUUAUUUUUGUGAAGCACAUUGAGUGACAAUCAUAUUUUUAUUUGGUCAUUAUUAUUUUUCUCUUUUGUCAGGCUUGGCAUAAUAAUGGUGACCGGGAUGUGAUGUUAUGUUUUUAUUUAUCUUAUAUGGAAAAAAAAUUACAAAUACAUACAUAUCUAGAAAAAAAAAAGAGAAUAGAACACACAACACCCAGGACUGUCAGAAUAGAACACACAACACGCAAGACUGUCAUGAUUGUAUACGAGAGCACAGUUAGGGCUCAGAGCACUGUGUUCGUAUGCAUGGAUUGCAGGUCACUGUAAUGUCCUACAGUUACUACGGUAACACUUUUAAUUUAAAAUAUGCUUUUACCGUGUCCGGCCAAAUGUGUUGCGUGUGGAUAAGGGGCAAUGUUCAUACUCAGUAGGUAUUCAUGGAAUCAUGUUAUGCCUAAAUCCAUGACGAACCCUGCUGAAAAAAACCCCAAUAGAAACCCUCAUAGAAUUUGUAAUGGUUUUAAUGGGAAUUGUAUUGAUUUUAAUGGAAACCCUCUGGGUCUCUAUUGGUAAUUUGUCACCUUCUAUUGGUGCAUGUUAUGUCUAGUGGAUACCAUUAAGGACCAGUAAUGGUUUUAAUAAUUAGCUGAUGGUUUGUAAGGGUAUUUGUAGUGGAAACCAUUAGAAUAUCUGUAAUGGUUUCUGUAGGGGUUUUUUUUUCCCAGUAGGGAAGGUUUAUUUUUAUUUCUAAUUUUUUUGUACAGACACUAAUGUGAUUACAAAUGCGUUAAAAAAAUGUUGUAUGUUGUAAUUUGUUGAAUCUUUUCAUGUCAGUAUUAAUAAUUUGCAAGUUGUAUUUAUUGUGUAAUGUAUGCGCGUUCCACUCUGACCACCCAUUGUUCAGUUCUUAUAAUUAUUAACCUGCCAAACGUUUGAGAACCCCUGGUGUAAUGAUCCUUAGGUACAUUUCCAUGGUGUUUCUUCAAGGCGUCAAUCGUCUACAGCUUUCUCCUCUCAAGAAAGUGAAGAAGAAGAAGAAAAUAAGGUUGUUGGUUCACUGAAAAAGCCUUCAGUGCUCACCAAGUACAUAUCAACAGAUACAGCAUGCACCUGCAAUUCUCCAAAAUGAGAUUAUAAUCAGAAGUGUGAUGACAUGGUUAAUUAUGAAUUGUUGGUGCAAGACUGAUGGGAAGCUAUGUUGCGUACAUGUUGGUUGUCACUAAAUUUGUACUUGAAGGCGGUCUUUGUUCUCCUGUAGGAACCUUAAUGCUUGCUGUGCUGUUAGAUUUUUUUCUGACACUUGUGUCAAGAUGACAGCAUGACACUGUGACAUUUGCACUGUUGGCAGGUAAAAAAAUAUAAAAAUGUGUGUGUGUGUGUGUGUGUGUGUGUGUGUGUGUGUAUAUAUAUAUAUAUAUAUAUAUAUAUAAUUUUUAAUUUUUUUGUAGAGCGCAUUGAGUGUGGAUAUAUUGCUACGCUUAGAAUCCGGUAUGACUAUUUUGGUACACUUCCCCUUAGAUCUUCAACACGUUUUAGUACCAUGACAAUGUACAAAGUGACCUCUGAUCAGCCUUGUAGUACACUGGCGCACUGAUUUAUUUGAGCAAUAGAGAUUUUAUUUCAUUAUUUUUCCAUUACCAGAAUGGAUUAGUUCAAAGUUGAUAUUAUUUACAGGCUUAU